UACAUAAGGAGAUAUAUAUUUCAGUCAUAGAACACGCACUAUUCGCGCAAAGUAACCAUCGAAUUAUGGCAAAGCUCCUGAUCCUUGCUGCUUUGUCAUUUGUCUCAUUCAAAACAGGAGUAAGUUCCGUGGGAACAACCACCAGUCCUCAACAACAGAAUCCACAUACUGGUACUGACAAAGACCCAUGUGAGAAAUCCAUUUUUGCUCACGGAUUUUCUGGGAUUCCAGGAUCGAAUGGCAUUCCAGGAAUGCCGGGGAUUCCUGGCGCCCCAGGGCCCCAAGGACAACAAGGAAAAGAUGGAGCUAAGGGGGAGCCUGGUGUCAAGGGACCGAGAGGCAUGACGGGAACAAGAGGACUAAAAGGAAAUCCAGGGUCACUGGGUAAAAAUGGUGCACCUGGAAUGAUGGGAAUAAAAGGAGAUAAAGGUCAUGAAGGGUCACGUGGAGAGCAGGGAUCUAAAGGAGAGAAAGGAGAAAUCGUGAAUAGUGCAGUGUCACAGACCAACUGGAAACAGUGUGUGUGGAAAAAUUGGAAUGAUGAUAGAGAUAGUGGAAAGAUUAAGGAUUGCUUAUUCAACAAGGUGCAGUCUGAGACAGCUAUUAAAGUCUCAUUCCAGGGAAAUAUGAGAGUCUAUGGCACUUCAAUUACAUGCAACCGGUGGUUCUUCAAAAUUAAUGGAAAUGAAUGCAGUGGACCAAUGACAAUUGAGGCUGCUGUUUACAACAAUUGGCGAUCUGGGAAUCCUGUUCUGUAUCAUCACAGAUCAUUUGAGGGAUACUGUGAAAACAUUCCACAAGGCAGGGUUACUGUGGAGUUAUGGGUAGGAAAGUGUUCUGGCCUAACACUGGGUGAUGCUUACACUGGAUGGCGAUCAGUAUCCCGGAUAAUGAUAGAGGAAGUGUCUAGAGCCCAGUCCUGAUUACUCCUGUCAUUUUUAUACAA